CGUGCCGGGGUAGAGCGGCGCGGGCGGGCGAGGCGUGUGCCGGACGCAGGAGCUCCGGGUCGUCGCCGCCGCCGCCGCCCGCCGCCCGCCGCCCGCCACGCACGUGGGACCGCUACUGCGCUCCAGCUUACGCCCCGCGGCCGCUUUGUUGCUCCCGGCCGGCCGGCACGAUGCACACGCCGGACUCCGCGGGCCCAGACGACGCGCGCGCAGUUGGCAUCAUGGACAUAUGUGAGUCCAUCCUGGAGAGGAAGCGGCAUGACAGCGAACGGUCUACGUGCAGCAUCUUGGAGCAGACAGACAUGGAAGCUGUCGAGGCUCUUGUUUGUAUGAGCUCCUGGGGUCAAAGAUUCCAGAAAGGUGACCUGUUACGGAUAAGACCCCUCACGCCUGUCUCUGACUCUGGGGAUGUCACCUCUGCUGUGCAUAUGGAUGCACCUGCACCUGAGCUACCAAAAGACUUCCAUUCUUUAUCAACUCUGUGCAUAACUCCUCCUCAGAGCCCUGAUUUCGUGGAGCCAUCGACAAGGACACCUGUUUCUUCCCAAGUAACAGAUUCCAAAGCAUUCACAGCCAUGGCCACCCUCCAUUCCUCUGCUGUGGUGGCCAGAGCACUGAAUGGGGGGGUGGAGAGGGGCCUGCCAGGUUUGGAGCCAGUACCCAGCUCUCCGUGCAGGGCCGUGGGGACCAGCGUGAUCCGACACACUGGGGAGAGCCCUGCUCCUGCCUGCUUUCCCGCCACGCAGACUCCAGAUGGCCAGCUUUCUGACAGCAGAGGAGAAGAGCAGCUUUUGGGACACUUUGAAACUUUGCAGGAUACACACCUCACAGACUGUUUACUCAGCACUAACGCAGUGUCCUGUCAGCCUUGCUUGCACAAGCCCGGUGGCCUGAUCCCCACUGACAGAGGCCAGCAGGCAGGGUGGCCUGGUGCAAUGCAGACUUGCUCACCAAAGAAUUACGAAAAUGACCUGCCCAGGAAAACCACCCCUCUGAUUUCUGUCCCUGCUCCCCCUGUCCUUUGCCAAAUGAUCCCUGUGACUGGACAGAGUGGCAUGUUUUCAGCUUUUUUGAAGCCGCCUCCCCAGUUGUCUGUGGGGACUGUGAGACCCAUCCUAGCCCAGGCUGCUCCAGCUCCGCAACCUGUAUUCCUGGGACCUCCUGUGCCUCAGGGAGCUGUGAUGCUGGUCCUGCCCCAGGGCGCCCUCCCUCCGCCUGCCCCCUGUGCGGCCAGCGUCCUGGCUUCAGGGAAUACCAAGUUGUUGCCCCUCGCCCCUGCGCCAGUGUUCAUCGCCUCUAGCCAAAACUGUGUCCCUCAGGUAGACUUUUCCCGAAGGAGGAACUACGUUUGCACCUUCCCAGGUUGCCAGAAGACCUACUUCAAAAGUUCCCACCUCAAGGCUCAUCUUCGCACUCACACAGGGGAGAAGCCUUUCAGCUGCAGCUGGGACGGCUGUGAUAAGAAGUUUGCUCGUUCGGAUGAGCUGUCUCGCCACCGCAGAACUCACACAGGGGAGAAGAAAUUUGUGUGCCCUGUGUGUGACCGGCGUUUCAUGCGCAGUGACCACCUGACGAAGCAUGCCCGCCGCCACAUGACGACCAAGAAGAUCCCAGGCUGGCAGGCAGAGGUUGGCAAGCUGAACAGAAUCGCCUGUGCAGAGAGCCCGGAGAACCUGCUUGUGACCACGCCAGCCUCCACCUGAAAGGUCCACUAGGAUGUUACGGGGUUUUUAAAAGCCUGUUUUCAGGAAUGGAACUGACGGAUUGCUUUCCCAUUGCCUCACCCCAAAAAAAAAUAGUUUUGGGGCUCAGGAAGAUCGGGGAGCUGAUUUUGAUGAAGGUGUGUUAACUUUUCCACUUGGGACCCUGUUCAAUAUGUUUUGUAGUUUCAGAAGUGUUUUGUUGUUUUUUUUUUUAAAGAAAUGGUAGAAAAUUUGAUAACCAACAUCACCAGCAUUCAGACAAAUAUUUCGGCAAUAAAGUUUACAAAAUCUGGAUUUUUACAACUUUCUAUUGAUGUUUUGUAGAAAUAAGACAGGGUACUAAUUUUUAUACUGUUUUUUAUAAAAAUAUUUAUAUUGUUGGUGCUCAAAUCACCAGUUUCUAGAUAGAUCAUUUUGCAGCCUUCUUUUCAGUAUUUAAUAACAGUUUUUUAUGAUGACCCGUUUUAGUAAAUUUGACAUGUUACUCCACCAAAAAAAAAUCACAGAUUAUCUGGCCUUUUUAGAUUUUUUGGAAUUGGAACUGGUUGAAUAAGGGCCUCUUAAAAGGGAAAAAUAAAUUUUGCAAUCAGCUUUUUCAUAAUAUUUUCAAGGAAAUUCUAGGCAGCCAUUCCUGUCACCCAAGAACUGCAAGUGUGGUUGACUAGAACUAGUGAGUUGUGUCCGUGGUGCGUCUUGUGAAGGAUGUACCCCAGAAAGUAACAUGAGCCACUGAGCACAUCCCAGGGAGCAGGCGCUGCUGUAGGCUGUAGUCUGUGUGUAAUCGUCUUGGCCAUGGCUCUGCCGAAAGCAAACCAUUGAGUUUCUUGUUUGUACCUAAAACACCA